GUCUCCCCCCGCCCCCGUCGCCCUCCCCGUGAUCAGAUCGAGAGAGCAGGCCCGAUUCAAUUCGACCCGAGGCGCCGCGGCCUGAAGGAAUUUCGCGAGUCGCCCGGAAAAAAAGCCCUAGCCAGAUCAGCGAUGGCAACGCACCCGGCGUCCCCGACCGCCGGCGCUGGUGGCGACAGGUCGCCGUCCGGCCCGCCGCCGGUGCGCCUGUCUGCGGCACAGGCGGUGGCGGCGAUCCAGCCUACCUCACCGCGGUACUUUUUCUCCUCGCUAGCCGCUGCCUCUGCCGCGGCGUCCUCCCCGCACCGCCGCAUCGGCAUCGCCGUCGACCUCUCCGACGAGUCCGCCUUUGCCGUCAAGUGGGCCGUUCAGAACUACCUCCGCCCCGGGGACGCCGUGGUGCUGCUCCACGUCCGCCCCACCUCUGUGCUCUAUGGUGCCGACUGGGGCUCCAUCCCGGUCUCCGUCGACGACGACCCCGACGUCGACAUCGCCGAGGGUGCGGUGCGCGCUGCGGCCGCUGAGGAGGAGCCUGAGGAGGCGAAGAAGAAGCGGGAGGAGGAGUUCGACUCCUUCACGUCCACUAAGGCGCAGGACCUUGCGCAGCCGCUGGUCGGCGCGCAGAUCCCCUUCAAGAUCCACAUCGUCAAAGACCACGACAUGAAGGAGCGCCUCUGCCUCGAGGCCGAGCGCCUCGGCCUGUCCGCGAUGAUCAUGGGCAGCCGGGGAUUCGGUGCCUCGCGCAGGGUCGGGAAAGGGAGGCUCGGGAGCGUCAGUGACUACUGCGUGCACCACUGUGUCUGCCCGGUUGUGGUUGUGCGCUACCCAGAUGAUGCCUUCGGGGAUGAGCUGCGAACGGUACCUGAAAAUGAGCCUGUGUAUCAUGCGGCGCCGGAGGCCCAGAAAGAAAACUGAGGGAAGUGCAGGGCGGCUAGGCGACGAGGGGUGGAGAAAGCAGAGGCCGUCACGUCACGUCGUCAGCCAGCCAGCCCUAGCGUAACACACCGGUGUCCUGUCUCUCCGACUCUCCGUCCCAUGGCCACUCUGCAUCUGUACCAGGAACCUGUAUAUCAUGGACGAGUCCCCGCUGUUUUGCUUCAUGACAUGUGUGUUGGUAAACUGAAGACUUCAAUGUUUUUGGCGUGCAUGGGCCGCCGUGUUCUUCUUCUGCUUGUGUCGUACUGGCCUUCCUGCUUGGCUCGCUACCCCGCCAGUUCAUUUGCCGAUGACUCGGUGGCUGGCAAACGAGUGGCACCGCGGUCAGCCACAAGGGCAACACACGUACAUGCAUUGGUUGGUAGCUGGCAGCGGGUAAAAAUAAAAAAAAAAUUAUGGUGUUCGGUUUGAUGGAUGAGUUCUCCAUGACUGUUAAACAUUGAAUUUGGUCUGUGAAGCGGAAUGGAUUAAUCUCAGUGUGUCGUCAUCUAAUUCUCCA